UAAGCUUUCAACUCGCAUCGACGUUAGUCAGACUUCUUGGUCUUGUUCAUCUCGAAUAACUUUUUGUUUUUGUAGUUUGUUUCGAUUCUUAACGCCGCCACUGCCGGUAUAACUUAUUACGUAGCUGGGCUGCGGGUAACCUUCACUUUCCGCUAUAUACGGUAUAACUAUCACAUACCUCAGUAGCUCAGUAUUUUUAUAUUUAAUUGUUUUGUUCUCAACUACAAAAUGUGUUAAUUUUGUUUUAUAAAAAUAUUUUUUGAAAAUUGUGUGUUUUCAUUUUCAUCAAAUGCAUGCGGGGAAAUUCUUGAAAACAAAAUCGUGAAAAUUAAAAUUUAAAGUGCUAAACGAAAUUAUUUAUACAUACUUACCCUAUUCAAUAAUUAUAAAUAGAAGAGUGAAAUCAGUGAAUAAUUUAGUUUUGUUUUGAUCGUAAUUAAAUUUGCAAACCAGCUAAAAAGACUUAAAAUGAGUAGUUCAUUGGACGAAAAUAAAUCUGCUUCAACUGAGAAAUUAAAUCAGCCACUUGAUACUGAUUCAACAGGCGGCGAAAAAGACAAAGACGAUAUCAAUAUGGUUGCGGCUAGUAAAGAGCUCAAUCCUGAAACGGAGGCAAUUAAAAAAGCUGCCAACACAGCCGAAGAGGGAAUUUUUUCCCUUAUCUAUUCAGUAGCUAAAAAAAUGGCUGUAGUCGGUGUCAUCUAUUUAGUUGGUUAUAUGGGCUGGUCAGUGGCAUGGCUUCUAGCGCCGGUUAUUUAUUCUGGAGUUCGAGAUCAAAUAAGUAAGGAAAAUCAAAAGAAAAGAAAUAUAGCUAAAUCAUCAGCAAUGGCAUCGGAAAAAGAUGUAAUUCUUGCGAGGAUCGAUGAACUACCAGCUUGGGUUUACUUCCCCGAUAUUGAACGUUGUGAAUGGGUGAAUAAAAUCCUAAAACAAAUAUGGCCAAAUGCAAAUUAUUUUGCCCGCACUCUAGUCAAAGAAACAAUCGAACCAAACGUUGCUCUAGCCUUAUCCAACUAUAAGCUCAAUGGAUUUCGUUUCGACAGAAUUAUCCUCGGAACAAUACCACCUCGUAUUGGUGGUGUUAAAAUCUACGAUAAAAACGUCGAUCGUAAUGAGAUCAUAAUGGACCUGGAUAUUAUGUAUGCCAGCGAUUGUGAUAUUAAUUUCUAUUUGAAAGGUGUUAAAGGUGGAAUUAAGGAUUUCCAAAUUCAUGGUUGUAUUCGUGUUGUUAUGAAGCCCUUAAUCCGAUCAAUGCCACUGGUUGGAGGAUUGCAAAUAUUCUUCCUUAAUAAUCCUAAUGUUGAUUUUAAUUUGGUUGGGGCUAUUGAUUUUCUGGAUAUGCCAGGAUUGAGUGAUUUAUUGCGAAAAAUAAUUGUUGAACAAAUUGGAGCGAUUAUGGUGUUGCCAAAUAAGCUGCCAAUUACAUUGAGUAAUGAUGUUCCGGCUGUUAGUCUGAAAAUGCCUGAACCUGAGGGAAUUUUAAGAAUUCACGUUGUUGAAGCCAAGGAUUUGAUGAAAAAGGACAUAAGCGUUUUAGGCAAAGGUAAAUCUGAUCCGUAUGCCAUCAUUAAUGUUGGAGCACAAGAAUUCAAAACACAAACAAUUGACAAUACUGUCAAUCCCAAAUGGGAUUAUUGGUGUGAGACUGUGGUUAAUUCUCAUGUGUUCCAAUAUGUAUUUUUCAACUUAUGGGACUGCGAUCAAGGAUUACCCGGUGUUAAUGCCGAUGACGUUUUGGGCAGGGCAUCUGUUGACAUCUCUCAAGUUGUGAAAAAAGGUCUACUUGAUACGUGGUUGACACUGGAAGAAGCCAAGCAUGGACUUCUACAUGUCCGUUUAUCGUGGUACAAACUUACAUCCGAUCCACAAGAUCUGCAAGCUGCCCUUUUGGAAACACAACUCCUUCGAGUCACAUCAAUGAGCACAGCUCUACUAAUUGUGUUUGCAGAUUCAGCUAAGAAUUUGCCGCAUGCAAGGACAGCAUCGAAUCCAGAUCCUUAUUUGGUUGUAAGUGUUGGAAAACAAACCGAACAAACUCCGGUCCAGUUGCGCAAUGAUUCGCCCGUUUGGGAGCAAGGAUUUACAUUUUUAGUUGGAAACCCUGAUAACGAUAAUCUUCAGAUGAAAAUUUUCGAUCAGAAAACAGGAAAUGAAAUUGGACGAUUCUCUUAUAUCUUGAGUACUUUGUUAACAAUGCCUGAUAUGCAAAUUGUCUCACAACCAUUCCAAUUACACAAAUCCGGCCUCGAGUCAAAGAUUAUAAUAACCUUGGCUCUGAGAGUUCUGAAACGAGCUGAUUCUACAGAAGAUAACGUUUCGAUUGAUGCGUUUUCCAUGUCAGAAGCUAUUCCCUCUUUGUCUCGAUCAAGUUCUGUAAGAACAGCUAGUCAAGUUGAAGGAGUCACUAUUCCUAGCAAGGCAAAGGAAAUAGUUUCGUCUUCAAUGGAAAGCUCAAUUGUGGAAGAAGAUAAUCUGGUUAAAUCAGCCGCUUCUUCCAUUGCAGCCAUAACUCCACCCAGAAGUCCUAGAAUCAAUCCAGAUUCAGUUUUGACUCAUCGUUUUCCCGACACUACAACUUCAGCCGGAGAGCACAAUUUGGGACGCAUUCAGCUGUCGAUUCACUACAGUAUCACACGUCAAAAGCUGUCGGUCACAAUUCAUAAGAUAAUGCAUAUUCCUCUUACUGAUCCCUCGAACAUCCCUGAUCCAUACGUUAAGUUAUAUCUACUGCCAGGACGUGCAAAGGAGUCCAAGAGGAAGACUGUCACAAUUAAGGACAAUUGCAAUCCUGUUUACGAAGCUACCUUUGAGUAUGUGAUCUCAUCGGCUGAAAUUAUGCAAACCGAUCUUGAGGUGACUGUUUGCACUCAAAAAGGCUUCUUGUAUGGUGGAAGCCCAGUUAUUGGAAUGUUGAAAAUAUCGCUGGCUGAGCCGGAUAUAUCUGCCCAAGGACUUUCGUCGUGGUUUGAUCUUCAACCAGAAACAAAACAUGAAUAAAUUUAAUGUUCUUUUAUAAAACAUACCCAAACAAGCUUGUGAGCUCGUCCCAAUACAAUUGAAUAUUGUCUUAAUCUCAAGUCAAAGACAUAAAUGGGCGUUUAGUUUUCUCAAAAUCUUUUAUUUAAAAAUUGAGAUUUAAAUUUUUUCAACGCAACAGUAACAAAUAGAUUUGUAUAUUUCUCCUAAUUUUAUUAAUAUAUUAAAUUAUAAAUGUAGUAAUCUCAGGACUUCUUACCACAACAUACAUUUUUGAAUCUCUAUGUAAGAAUAAGAUAACAUUUGUAAGAUUUUGAAUAUUCUUAUUAAGUCCAAUAAUUUACCAUGUCCCAAUAUUAAUUCUACAAUUUGUUUUAAAUGAAAAUAGAUUGCUUUUUUAUAUUUAUUAAAUGUGUAUUUCAUUUUUAUAAUUAGUGCCUUUCUAUGAUAAAAAAGCAUAGUUAGAUUAUAAAUAAUAAUAAAUGGAAAUAACUAAUCAA